CUGCUGGGUCACACGAACCAAGAGGACGCGGGCCUCGAGGUGCACCAGUUCUACCCGCUAGUGAAGGUGCAGUGUUCUCCCGAGCUGCGCUUCUUCCUCUGCUCCAUGUACGCACCCGUGUGCACCGUGCUGGAUAAGGCCAUCCCGCCGUGCCGAUCUCUGUGCGAGCGUGCCCGCCAGGGCUGCGAGGCUCUCAUGAACAAGUUCGGCUUCCAAUGGCCGGAGCGGCUGCGUUGCGAGAACUUCCCCGUGCACGGCGCGGGGGAGAUCUGCGUGGGCCAGAACACGUCCGACGGCUCCGGGGGCCCCGGCGGCGGCCCCACCGCUUACCCCACCGCGCCCUACAUGCCCGACCUGCCCUUCACCGCCCUGUCCCCGGGUGCCGCUGACGGUAGGGGCCGCUCCGCUUUCCCCUUCUCGUGCCCCCGCCAGCUCAAGGUGCCCCCCUACCUGGGCUACCGCUUUCUGGGCGAGCGCGACUGCGGCGCCCCUUGCGAGCCGGGCCGUGCCAACGGCCUCAUGUACUUUAAGGAGGAGGAGAGGCGCUUCGCCCGCCUCUGGGUGGGCGUGUGGUCGGUACUGUGCUGCGUCACACUCUUCACCGUGCUCACCUACCUAGUGGACAUGCGGCGCUUCAGCUACCCGGAGCGGCCCAUCAUCUUCCUUUCGGGCUGCUACUUCAUGGUGGCCGUGGCGCACGUGGCCGGCUUCCUGCUGGAGGACCGCGCCGUGUGCGUGGAGCGCUUCUCAGACGACGGCUACCGCACGGUGGCGCAGGGCACCAAGAAGGAGGGCUGCACCAUCCUUUUCAUGGUGCUCUACUUCUUCGGCAUGGCCAGUUCCAUCUGGUGGGUCAUUUUGUCGCUCACUUGGUUCCUGGCGGCCGGUAUGAAGUGGGGCCACGAGGCCAUCGAGGCCAACUCGCAGUACUUCCACCUGGCCGCGUGGGCAGUGCCCGCCGUCAAGACUAUCACCAUCCUGGCCAUGGGCCAGGUGGACGGGGACCUGCUCAGCGGGGUGUGCUACGUGGGCCUGUCCAGCGUGGACGCGCUGCGAGGCUUUGUGCUGGCACCCCUGUUCGUCUACCUCUUCAUCGGCACGUCCUUCCUGCUGGCCGGCUUCGUGUCGCUCUUCCGCAUCCGCACCAUCAUGAAGCACGACGGCACCAAGACCGAGAAGCUGGAGAAGCUCAUGGUGCGCAUCGGCGUCUUCAGCGUGCUCUACACCGUGCCGGCCACCAUCGUCCUGGCCUGUUACUUUUACGAGCAGGCCUUCCGCGAACACUGGGAGCGCACCUGGCUCCUGCAGACGUGCAAGAGCUACGCGGUGCCCUGCCCGCCCGGCCACUUCCCGCCCAUGAGCCCCGACUUCACCGUCUUCAUGAUCAAGUACCUGAUGACCAUGAUCGUAGGCAUCACCACUGGCUUCUGGAUCUGGUCCGGCAAAACCCUGCAGUCGUGGCGCCGCUUCUACCACAGACUCAGCCACAGCAGCAAGGGGGAGACUGCAGUAUGAGCCCCGGCCCCACCCCUACCCUUCUUUCUCCCACCCCCUCCAAGGGGUUAAGGAGAGGUAGGGAAAGAACUGAUGGGUGGGGGGCUUGCUUCUGUAACCUCCUUCCCCUCCAAUGAGAAGUGACCUGGAAGUGAGAAGAUGUAUGUAGACUCUGGACAGGGAAUGGGUUUGGAAAGGAAGCCUGAGUGGAGAGACCGUUUGGAUGAAAAGACUUCUGGCAAAGACUUGCAGGAUGAUGAUGAUGAUAAUGAUAACAAUGAUGUUAAUCCUGUAUGGUACGGGCUGACUUGGGCCAAUCGAGAAGACUGAGAUCAGAAGGUUGCUGUGAGUUCUUCCGGGCUCUGGGGCUGAACUGGGACUGUAAGCGAUUCCCCUGCUGCAAGAUAAGUGGCCUGUCCUCACUCCUGUGAGGCCCGGGUGAAAGGUACAGCUCUGUCUGCAGCGGGCGGCUUUGUUGGGAAACGGGAGGGCUCCCUGCAGUGUUCUUGUCCAGCGGUGGUCAAACCAUAAUCUCUUUUCACUGGGGCCAAACUGGAGCCCAGAUGGGUUAAUUUCCAGGGUCAGACAUUACAGUCUCUCCUCCCCUCCUCCUCCUGCCUGUUUUUCUCCCCCUAAGCAUUUUGAAGUCUUGGGAGGCCUGCCUCCUAGAAUCCUAGUGCAGGAUGCAAAAGAAAUGAAGAUAACAUUUUGCAAUGAGGGAAAGGAGGCGAGUAGUAGGUUAUUCUACUACUUUUUUAUUUUCUGGGGGAAGGCAGGAGGGGGGAAAAGGGUGUUUUAUUUGGUUUAAUAUCCUGAAAAGAAGUGAUGACUUGUUGCUUUUCAAAACAGGAAUGCAUUUUUCCCCUUGUCUUUGUUGUAAGAGACAAAAGAGGAAACAAGUGUCUCCCUGUGGAAAGGCAUAACUGUGAAGACAGCAACUUUUAUAGGCAAAGCAGCGCAAAUCUGAGAUUUCCCUUUGGAUGUUAAUUUGGUUGAGAUAAACAUUCCUUUUUAAGGAAAAGUGAAGGGCAGUGUGCGUCCAUACCCUUUCCAUCAGACGUUCUGACUUGGCUAAAGGAAAUGCAAGGGGUUUUGUUAUGUUUGCUUUAAGUAAAUUUAAUUCAGAACACAUGAUCCAACAGGCUCUGUUAAAACGUUCAGGGAAAUCUCUCUCUUCUUUUUUUUCUUCCCAUAAACCUGCAUUUAGGUUUUCUUUUUAUUUUUUUCCUCCAAUUUGAAUUCUUCAACAUAAAAGCAGCAUAAUGCCUUUAGCCUCAUAAUAAAGGAAAGUUAAAAAUUUUUUUAAAGUAAAGAACCAUUUUGUCUUGUUUUCUUUGUUCUAUAAAACCGUUCAUAAAAUAUCAUGUGUAUGCUGACCCUGUCUUUGUGUGGCUGGGGCAGGGAGGGGGGGAGGUGACCUGCAGAAAUGUUAGUGAAGAGGACAGUUCAAACCAUGGACCCCAUUUUUAAGGAAAGUCAUUAAAAAAAAGGUAAACUUCAAAGUAAUUCUGGAGUUCUUUGAAAUGUGCUGGAUGACUGAAAUUUAUUAAUCUUAGAUCAUGUACUUUUUUUUCUAUAAUGGAACUCCAAUUCUUUUGCAUAAUGGUCUAAAGCUAAACAGCAUCAUGGGAGCUAACCUUUACUCCACGUUUGACACCACCCAAUCUGGCAACACUAUCCUAUUUCUCAAAACAGCUUUUAAAUGCUGUUUUAAAUGGUUUUUAAAAUCAUAGAGUGUACUGUCAGGAGUACAAGUUACUUUAUAUACAUAAUGUUCGGUUGAGUGGAGCUGCUUUUUAUAUUAAAGUUAACAUUGACUAUGUGUUUCUUAAACCUUCAAAAUGUCUCAUUUGUCAGAUUUUUAAAACUCCCACUACACAGUUUUUGGCAUCUUUUGUGUUGUAUCUCUUGCAUGUGAAAUUUGUAAAAUAGAGACAAGUGCAGUAUGUAUAUUUUGUAAAUCUCCCAUUUUUGUAAGAAAAUAUAUAUUGUAUUUAUACAUUUUUACUUUGGAUUUUUGUUUUGUUUUUGCCUUUAAAAGUCUACAAGGAAGCCCCACUUUAUCACAUGUACAGAUCACAAAUAAAUUUUUUAAAAAAUA